AUGAAGCAAACAAUAGUACUCUGCUUACUGGUGGUGGCGGCCUCGGCAUCAACCCUUCCGGAACAUGAUCGGCGCGUCAUCGGAGGCUCAUUGGCCGCAGCCGGACAGUUUCCCUACGCGGUAGGUCUGAUCACUAGGAUCAACAUCCUACUUUCGGGUCAAUGUUCAGGAUCUUUGCUGUCCACCCGUGCCAUUCUCACAUCGGCCAGCUGUGUUUCCGGAGUUCAAAGUGCUGAAGUUGUAAUGGGUGGCCUUCGAAUCAACGACCCAAGCGAGCCAGGCCAAGUCCGCAUGACGGCAACUCAAUUUAUCAUUCACAAUGGCUAUCUCGAAGGCACGGAGAACUUCGAUGUCGCUCUGGUCAUUCUUCCGAUUCCGGUUACGCUCAGUGACACGAUCCGACCGGUGCGUCUUCCAAACCGUCGCCAGGUGGAAGCCAGCUUCAAUGGGCAACAGGGAACCUUCAUGGGCUGGGGCAGAUUUGGCGAUGGUACGACCAACUCGGAUGUACUGCGCUUUGGACGGUCUCAAGUUAUCACCAAUUUAGCUUGUACGGUUAGCUUGGUAACGAGCACCAUUUUGAGCGAGCACAUCUGCACGGAAGGAUUCAACUCGGGUGCCGGACGUGGUUCGCCUUGUCAGGGUGAUAGCGGUGCUCCGCUGACCAUCGUCGAUGCCGACGGAACGACCACCCUGGUUGGCGUCUUUUCGUUCCAUUCAGUUUUGGGCUGUGAUAGUGGACGUGCCGCUGUCUACACGCGUAUGUCAGCCUAUCUGGACUGGAUCGCGGAAAACUCUGAUGUUGUCAUUCGGGAUGACUUCUAA